GCAGUACUCCUGCUCUCAUAUAUGGGGUAGGUGUUGCUUCUCUCUUUUUAAAAUAACAACACCAACGUUAGCAAUAAAUUAAAAUGGUGAACCGGCGAAUAGCUAGAGGUUCACGUAAUAAGCAGAAGAAAAAGAUAAAAACAAGUAAAAAAGCGCACUUUUCUGAAAGUCCUCAACACCAUGAUGAGAAACCCAAGGGACUAGGCUGUCAGGCUCAUCUUGGAGCUGAUGAAUCUGCUGGCAGAGUCCGCCUGCUUGCUUCGGGACGCAAGCCACUACGGCUGAAGAGGUCUCGCUCCGCAGCCUCUGCGGCAACUUUAUCAGUGUUGAAAAGGAAGAGGAGCUUGGUGUUGAAGAGGCAGGCCGCGGAGCGCAUGGUGCUGAAGGAACAUCUUCGGGAGCUUGAAGCCCGCCGCGCGGCGAUCCGUCGCGGCGAAAACGCAAAGACAGAGCGCCGUGAACUCGGCAAGUACGUCCGCGAGCUGAAGGGGGAGAUGCGUUUGAAGCACACAUCGGAGCUGCAGAAUGUUGAAGCGGAGUUGGUGCGGUUGAUUGAGGCGAAGAAGCAGAGACGGGGGGAUCGUCUUGAUGAGGAGGGCUGCAACGGCGAUACCUCCCAUCCGCAGGACUGGGAAGACCUCGAUGACGAGGAGGAAAGUGUCGGUAGCAUGGACGAAAAGAAGCUGCAGGACAUGUUUUCACAUCUCACUGCAUGA